AUGCCACCUUCCAGUUCACUGUCACUUGACAGCUAUGAUCUUCCUUUCUUGGUGGGCACCUCAAGAGGUUUUCAGUCCUUGUGCUGUGUUAUUGAGUUGCUCAUGAUUUACUCGGAAUCAGGAUCGCUCAGCAUGUUCGCCUUCCUCAGUUAUUCUAUCAUAUGCGGUUUUGCUCUAUUUCAUGUAUCCAGAAGAUGGUAA